AUGACGUGUCCGAAGGGCCAUGCUUUGAGCAACCUGGGGACGUCUGCAGACAAUGGCUGGGCCUGCGACAUCAUCAAGGUGCCGGGCGGCUGCCGAAGCGGCCUCACAGACUUCAAUCAGUCACAAGGCAUGAAGCGCUUCCGCUGCAAGUCCUGCGACUAUGAUCUGUGUGAGGAAUGCUAUCUGGAGCGCCUGAACAGCAGGCGAUGCCCAACUGGUCACGUUCUUGUUCCAUUGGGCACUGCGCGACCUGGCUGGCUUUGUGAUGGCGAGCGAGAAGGUGGCUGCAAGAGCAUUGCGCGGGGAUUCAAAAGCACGCGAGAUCUUAAUCGCUUCCGAUGCGAAGUCUGUGAUUAUGACUUGUGCGAGCGGUGCUAUGAGACGCCGCUGGUGAAGCUCUGCAACCGAGGGCACCCCAUGACAAGCUUGGGCUUGGCAAGGGACAAUGGCUGGGGCUGCGAUGGCCGGGGCAAUCCGGGCGGCUGCAAGCGUGGCAUCACCGGGUUCCGGCAGACGAAGGGCAUCCCCCGCUUCCGCUGCGAGGCUUGUGAUUUCGACCUCUGCGACCAGUGCUACAAGCUCCGGCCGAUGCCCGACAAAGGCGAGGCUGCGCCUCGGCCCAUGACCGUCGACAAGGACCUCAUCCCAGGUUACUGGGAUAUGGCUGCGAUGGAGGACAUUGAAAUGCUAAAAGGUCUCGCGCCAGAGGAAGGCAAUGUCCUGAACAAGUUUGGCAAAGUGGCGUUGACUGAAAGCGAAGUGGCUUCCAUUCAGGAGAUCUUCGAUUCGUCUCACAAGAAGGUCUACACCCGGGACCGCAAGGGUGCCAAAGUGCCUGAUCGCUUGCAGGUGGUCCGAGCCUUUCGGAUUCAGAACCUGCAGAAUUGGACGGAGUUCGUGAACAAGCAGCGAUCCAUUCGAGAGCACAUAGAGACCCUGCGGAAGAGUGGAAACACAGGCGUUUGCAGGAAUGGCCAUGAACUGGCUCCACUGGGAACAAGCAAAGAUAAUGGUUGGGCUUGCGAUGGCCGGAACGAGGAGGGAGGCUGUGCGAGCAAAAUCACAGGCUUCCGCCAGACCAGCGGCAUGAACCGCUUUCGAUGCGAGCGGUGUGACUUCGACUAUUGUGAAAAGUGCUACCUCCUACGGACGGGCGCAAAGUUAUGUCUGAAAGGGCAUCCGCUCGUACCGCUGGGAACGACGAGAGACAACGGUUGGCAUUGCGACAACUCGAGGAUGAGCGUAGGCUGCAUCAGGGAGAACAAGACAAGAGGCAUCAAUCGAUAUCGCUGUGAGCAGUGUGACUUCGACUUGUGCGACCUGUGCUUUCAGAGGCACAUAGGCCAUGUGAACAACAGCAUCGACAACCUGAAGACCUCCAGCAUUGAGACCACGCAGCUCCACAGUGAAGGAUCAGACCCGGAGACCAACACUGUCUGGCUGUUCCAUGGCACGAACGAUGAGGCUGCCGAGCUCAUCACUAGGGGCGACUUCCUGGUGGACAAGGCAGGCUCCAAUGCAGGAACCCUUUACGGAAGGGGCAUCUACAUGGCAGAGAGCUGUAGCAAGUCCGAUGAGUACUCAAAAGAGAAUGCCGAUGGACUUCGCUGCAUGCUCAUCUGCCGAGCUGUUCUGGGCAACGUGCUGUACAGCGACGAAGUCGCACCAAAUGUUGACAGUUUAGUCAGACAGUGUUUGCAUGGGAAUUAUCACAGUCUCUUGGGUGAUCGCGAGAAAUGCCGCGGAACCUUCCGAGAGUUUAUCGUUUAUGAUGACGAUCAGGUGUACCCUGAGUUGGUUGUGUGGUAUCAGAGACUGUACACCAGCUGA